AUGGGUAAUCAGGCAUUUUGGGACAGCCCAGACUACUCCAAAUUCUAUUCAGAAUUUAUUGAUGCCAUAAAUGAUAAAAAUAACCCAAAAUAUUCACUGGCAUUUCAGCAUGUACAUGAUGUUAUUCUUAAAAUGUAUGCCAGGGGAACAAUUUCCGAAAAAAUAAACUCAUUUCCUAGCAAAAAAACUAAAGUUGUUUCGGGAUAUAUGUCGGGGAUAACAAAUGUUUCCAAUCUCAAUUUUGUUGCAUUACCUAUCCCUUACCCUAAGAUCCAGUUUGACAGGUGUAAAUUGGCUUCUAUUGCCAUUCUGAAGCUUAUAGACCGCCUAUCGCAGGAUAAUCAGUUCAUAGUAUCCAACUUCUCAGCCAUUACAGAUGAUUUUAUGGCCCGUUUGUACAAUAUAUAUCAAAUGGUAUAUUUGAAAAAUCACUCUAAUGGAGCAAAGUGCGGUAAAAAACCGGGAGUCAGAUGCUACUUGAAUCGAUCCGAUUUUGUGAUUGACGGUGGCGAUUCAACUACAAAUCUAUGUGGAAAAUCCGGUGAAUGUCACGGAAAAUAUUGCAACAGGUGUAUAUCAUACCCUUGUAUUUGUACUAUCAACGACACUGAAUGGCCAAAAUUAAUCGAGACAAACUGCAUUGCAGUUGCCCAUUCCACGCAUUCCACAAGUUUACAUCGUAUACUAGGCCAAUAUACAGAUCAACUAGCUGAUAUUACAGCUUCAGUUGCCAAAACCAUACAUUUGGCAAUUGAAACCAACCAGACAAAAUUAAGUGUUGACUCAAGUAUCAUGAAGAUGGAGAGGUGCGUGCUGGUGGUAUACUAUGAAAUAGGUACCAUUUUUGACUGGGGAAAGGUGGGAACAGCACUACAAGAUGAAUACAGGAUUACUGUUUUUUAUCACACAUUAGCAGAGCUUGUAAAAAUGUAUGAAUGUAAACAAUUGAAAUUUGACGGUGAUGAUCUAACGAUUGUUAAAUUUGAUGCCACAUAUGCCAUUAAAUUAAUUUACCUUAGGUCAUGUUACAUUCCACAACAUAUAAAUGGGGAGGAAGAAUGGAAUAUUAUGGGGAUUUUAGAACUUUGCAAUGCAGUAAAAGUUCCUAGUGUCGCAACGCAACUUGUAUGUAGUAAAUUAGGGCAAAUGAUUUGGUCAGCGCGCAAAUUUAUCGAUAAAUUACAUCCUCAACUUUUUGAACCUAUACUUAACACUAAAAUUGAUCAAUGUGAUCCGGCUCGGAACAUGGAUAUGAAACAUUUGGCAAUUGAAAAUCCUUAUAAGUUUGUGCUAAAAAAUCAUUUGGAAGGCGGGCAUGGAAUUUUCUUCAAUCAAAAAAUAUCAGAAACACUUAAAAAUGGAAUAGGUCCCAAUGAAUAUAUACUAGCUAAGAGAAUCUUUCCCCCUCUGCAGAAAGCUAUAUUUGUAUCUACUGACGCAGACCGUCAAAGCGUUGAGUGCAGGGUCGAUAAUUCUGUAACUGAAGUUGGCAUCUAUUCAUUUGGUAUAUUUACCCAUCAAUCUGGUGAAACUGCUGAUGAAUGUAGUGAAUGCAAUGCUAUAAUUGAGAUUCCUGGGUACCUAUCGAGAACUAAGACACCUGAAACGACAGGGGGGGGCAUCUGCUCCGGGUAUGCCCACCUGUCCACCCUAAAAAUUAUCUAG